AUGUUAUUUUCCCGUCGUGGUCUUCUGGCCCCUUCGCUCUUUUCUCUGCUUCUGCCAGCAAACGCAGUUGCCGAUGACACGAGAAUCAGAGCUCGGGAGGCCCUUGAAACCCUCCAGGGCUGGUAUAACAUCACAAGUGGGAUCUGGAAUACGUGCGGUUGGUGGGAUGGUGCAAGCUGCAUGAAUACAAUCGCCGAUUUGGCUGCCCUCGAUACAACGGUGAUGGAUACUGCGACAUAUGUCUUCAAUAACACAUUCUAUGUGGGACCUGUGUCCAAUCCGAACCCCGGGCCUGAGAAGAAGACUGUUUUUACUCGUGACAACCAAACAUCAACUUCCGUGAAUGUGAACAAAUGGCUUGAUCAAGCCUAUGAUGAUGAUGCCUGGUGGGCCCUUGCAUGGAUUGCCGCAUACGAUGUGACAAAGGAAGGAACAUACCUAGAAUUGGCCGAGGGAAUCUUUGAGAGCUUGGCGGAUGCAUGGGGCACCAAUUGUAGCAGUGGGGGUCUUCCGUGGAGUCCGACAAGUACAUACGUGAACGCGAUUACGAAUGAGUUGUUCCUUUCUGUUGCAGCCCACCUUGCAAACCGAGUCCCGGACAGAAAAGCAUACUACGUCGACUGGGCUCAGAAGGAAUGGGACUGGUUUACAUCGCAGGCGUUCAUUGGCGAAAACGGCACUAUCAAUGACGGCCUUUUGCCCAAUUGUCAGAAUAACGGAGCUACCGUAUGGUCAUACAAUCAGGGAGUCGUUCUCGGUGGAUUGGUUGAAUUGAACAGAGCGGCGCCCAAUAAUACAUACUUACCCUCGGCCAACAAGAUUGCGAAAGCAGCCAUUGACACAUUGACCGACUCGAAAAACAUCAUCCACGAAUUCUGCGAGCCACAAUGCCUUCCAGACGGCACACAAUUCAAGGGAAUCUUCAUUCGCAACCUGCGAAAGUUGCAGGAAGCAUCCCCACAUGAUCUUUACCGGAAGGUGAUAAGUAGCUGUGCGAACAGCAUCUGGGAUAAUGAUCGCAAUUCCAAGGGGCAGUUUGGCGUGAACUGGGCUGGUCCUAUUCAAGCAGUGGUUGAUGCAUCAACACAUAGCUCGGCCCUCGAUGCACUGGUCGCAGCUGUUGCCGCGGAAGGCACAUCAUGA